AUGCCCUGGGGUCUAGGCGAGCCCACUGCCAGCCGUCAAAAGCAGACAGGUGGGCUGCGGAAAACAGCUCCCCGUCCCAAUACUCACAAGCGCUGGGCUCUAGGCGAUCCCACUGCCAGCCCAGAUGGAGCACCCCAGACGGAGGCCCGCAACAUCGUCUCAGUGGCCCAGCGAUGUGCGGUCUUUUCCUCCAGCUUUGCCCCUGAAGCUGGAAGUAAGGAUUCCUGUUCUCCCCGCCUGCGCAUGCGCCCUUUCUUUUCGACUGGGAGCCCAGAGGGAGCAGAGGCCGACGAGAACGUCUCAGUGGCCAAGCAAUGUGCGCUCUUUUCCUCCAGCUUUGCCCCUGAAGCUGGAACUCAGGAUUCCCCUUCUCUCCGCCUGCGCAUGCGACCUUUCUUUUCGACUGGGAGCCCAGAGGGAGCAGAGGCCCACGAGAACGUCUCAGUGGCCCAGCAAUGCGCUGUCUUCCCGUCCAGCGUUGCCCUCGAAGCUGGAACUCAGGAUUCCCCUUCACCCUGCACGCGCAUGGUGCCUCUCUUUCCCGUUCUGAGCCGAGAGGGAGACGAGGUCCCCGAUAACGUCUCAGUGCCACAGCAAUGUGCUGUCUUCCCCUCCACCAUUGCCCCUGAAGCUGAAGCUGAAUCUCUAGCGUUCCCCUCUAGUGUUGCUCUUCCUACAAGCACUCGAUUCGACCAAGCAUGCCCUUGUCUGCCUGGCAACGCACACAAAGCUCACGCCCAUAGUGGGCCAGCAGUGCUGCUUCCGCCCGAAGAGCAGCAAUCCGUUCAUAAUUCCAAAACAGCUGUCUUCCCCAUCGUCUUUGUUGAGCCCACAGGGCGGUGCGCCUUUCCGUCGUUCACAUGCGUCUUGAAUUCCAUCUCGCCCUCCUGGCAACAGGAAUGCCUGACCCCAGAAGCUUUUGCUGCGGGUAGAAAGGGACUAUCGAAUGUGCAGCUGCAGCAACAGCUGCUUCAGCAGCAGCUGCAACCGCCGCCGCAGCAGCAGCAACAGCAGCAGCAGCAGCAGCUGAGAGAUUCUGAGGUUCAUGUUGAUGUCACUGCAUGGGAGACGGAUUGCAGUGCAGGCAGUGAAUUUGCUGUUUCCAGUGAGGCGUGUCUGGUGCAUCACCUGUCAGCAAGCCUGUAUGGCAUAGGGCAGGAGAUGGAGACCAGGCUGGAGAGGCAGGAGAGGCAGGAGAGCGACGAGGAGUGCGGCUGGUUUGGUGAUACUGGAGACCCUGAGAGCGUCCGUCAGGUCCAUCCGCACGCCAUCUCUCAGCAGCAGCAGCAGCAGCAGCAGCAGCAGCGGCGGCGGCGGCGGCGGCGGCAGCACGAGCAGCAGCAGCAGCAGCAGCAGCAGCAGUGGCAGAAGGAGCAGAAGCGGCCGGCUAGCCUGUUGUGGCAUGGCAGCCCUUCCUCUCACCCCCGGGGUGCUGUGCCACACGAGGCACACGAGGCGGGCUGUGCCACGUGGCAGCCUGAGGCGGCCAUUCAGGGCCUGCAGCACGCAGCUGUCUUCACGUGCAGCUUUGGCCCAGAGGCGGGUACUGGUGGCGAGUUGACUUUUGAGUCAACUCGAAAGUCCAUUCCCGUGCAGCUUUGGUCCAGAGGCGGGUACUGGUGGCACCGCCCUCCCCUCUAUGAACACACACAUCCCGUCUCGCUUCCCCGCAUGCCGGGUUCUCAUGGCAAGGAAGCGCUGCUGCCUCCAGAGGCUCAUGCACAGCUGCAGGAGCAGGAGAAGGAGCAGGAGCAGAGUGACAGACGCGCGGUGUGCACGGCGUCUUUCUCCGGAAAGACCUGUGUGCUGAAUAGUCCUUCCAUGGGCUUGCGUUGCUCAUGGCACGAGAAGCAGGAGAAGGAGAAGCAGGAGAGGCAAGAGAAGCAGGAGAUGCGGGAAAGGAGAGUGCAAGGCUUGGUUGCGACAGGAGGUGGGUUGCCAGGAUUGCAUGAUGGGCAGUGGCAAUCUGCUGCAAGGCCUGGCAACCGCACUGUGUCAGGCAACCCGAUGGAGGGUUCUGUGGAUGAAGAGGACCUCGAAGAGCUACAGGACACUGCAUCGUCCUGA